GAGGCAAACGCUGUGAGAGGGAAACAGAGAGAAGACGUGCAGAGCUGAGAAAGACACAGGGAGAAGAAACUGAGACAACUCUGCCAGACUGAAGAAGGAGUAAAGGAAAAACAGAUAUCAAAGAGCUGGCCAAACGCCCAUUUAAUGCUGGAGGAUCGUGUUUUGUCAGAUCCAUACAGGGAAAACUCUUAAUGGAGCCACAAAAGGGCACCUCUUUCUGACCUGUCAACGGUAACACAGACAGAUAACACAGAGCCAUGGAUUUAGAUCCUUCAAACAGCACUUCUGCCAACACAUCACUUUCCCAGGCGGCUCCCCACAGCCUUUUGGAGAUUAUAACCAUUGCUACAGCAUCCGCCAUUGUCAGCUUGAUAACUAUUGUUGGUAACGUGCUAGUGCUGCUGUCCUUCAAAGUAAACAGCCAGCUGAAAACUGUAAACAACUACUACCUACUGAGUUUGGCUUUCGCUGACCUCAUCAUAGGAGUGUUGUCCAUGAACUUAUACACCACGUACAUCCUGAUGGGUUCUUGGCCCUUGGGAAACCUUGCAUGUGAUCUCUGGCUAGCAGUGGAUUAUGUAGCCAGCAAUGCUUCAGUUAUGAACUUACUCGUCAUCAGCUUCGACAGGUACUUCUCCAUUACGAGGCCGCUGACUUACAGGGCUAAAAGGACUCCCAAGAGAGCUGCCAUCAUGAUAGGCCUCGCAUGGCUGGUGUCUUUUGUCCUCUGGGCGCCACCCAUUCUGUGCUGGCAGUACUUCGUAGAUAAGAGAGAAUCUGACCAGUGCCAGAUCCAGUUUUUAACACAGCCUGUGAUCACAUUUGGGACAGCCAUUGCUGCUUUCUACAUCCCCGUCUCUGUUAUGACCAUCCUUUACUGUAGGAUCUACAAGGAGACGCAGAGACGGACCAAAGAUCUAGCAGAGCUGCAAGGUCUCAAAACAGAAAAUGUUCUAGAGGGCACUAAACCCCAGAAAACUAUCAUUCAUUCUUGCUUUCAUUUCACCAGAGAGAGGAGAGACCAGAGUCAGGCCUCUUGGUCCUCAUCUAACCAAAGUAACGCCACUAAAACUACCACUAGAUCAGAUAUGGCAUGGGCGAAAGCAGACCAGAUCACUUCCUUUAACAGCUACACCUCAUCUGAAGAGGAGGAGCAUCAUGUUUCAAUAGAAACCCCACAGGGAUCUUUCAAAGAGCAAAGUAGUGGUAAUAAGAACGGGAAGGUGACUGAUUAUACAGAAGAUCAGUACUUUUCCACUCCUCAGAAGAAGAGCAGUAAAAAGCACAUCUCUUAUAAGUUCAAACCUGGUUCAAAGGGAAAAAACGGCAACCCUACCAUUGCAACACCAUGCCUGCCUGAAGCAGAGCAGCCCACGAAGAAUGCCUCCCCUUCCUCCUCCACCACCUCCAAACCCAUGGACGCCGUCCUGAAGAACCAGAUCACCAAAAGAAAGAGGAAUGUACUGGUGAAGGAGAAGAAGGCGGCCCAGACUCUCAGCGCCAUCCUCCUGGCCUUCAUCCUCACAUGGACGCCGUACAACAUCAUGGUGCUCAUCUCCACUUUCUGUGGCACAUGCAUCCCUACGUCCCUGUGGCACCUGGGCUACUGGCUGUGCUAUGUCAACAGCACUAUCAACCCCAUGUGCUAUGCCCUCUGCAACAAGACCUUUCAGAAGACCUUCCGCAUGCUUCUGCUCUGCCAGUGGAGGAGGAGGAGGAGAGGCGAGGACAAGUUGUACUGGUGUGGACAAAAUCCCAACGCCAACAACAAAAUCACAUAAUGUGGCCCUGCGAAAUUAGAGCAGAUGUGUUGCUUUUGCCCACAUGUGGAUUUUCCUGAUAUAUACCGUAGUCAGUGGUCAUCUUCAGCAUGAAGUGCUGCAUGUGAUUUUUGUGUUUAAGUACACAUUUGUGGAAAACGAGCUGAGCCUGAUGCAGCACUUCAUCUGCAGUUCCAGAUUAUUACAGAAAGUAAACCUAACAAAGGUUAAAGGUUAAAGAAUGUGUUUGGA